AUGCCUGGCACAGCUAUAGCUUAUGGCUCUGAGUACGGCCACGACUCCCGCCAAACGCAAGGUUUUGGUGGCUACAGCACCGCAGCUACGAUGAUGUAUAACGUUGGCCAACCGAGCACGCAAAACACAGUUUACGAUGCGCAGCAAUUCAGCUCGCGGCAACCUGCAGCUAUGCAAAUGAUGCCACCAGACGUCGCCUCGAGCUACUUUGGGUCCGAAACUGGAGCCUCAGCUGGCCCGAGUCUACAGCAACCGGCGCAGGGCUCAAGCGGAUCCGCGAAUGUUUACCAGCAAAGCAAUGCCAUGAAUUACGCGAGCAACAGCAUGUCCAGUGUGAGCGCAAUGCCACAGGCAACAAACACCGCCGAUGUUUCAAUGACAGACGACCACGACUAUGCGGAAGGCGCCCUCGAAGAGAAAUGGGUCAGUUACCAGAGGCAGCUAGGGAGCAUAUUUCAGGAAAUAGUGAAUGGGUCUCUUGAGAGUGCAUCUGAGACAUUGCUUAGCGUCACUAGCUGGCUUUUGUCUCAGGUCGCAGAUCUAGGUCUUAAUCUUGACGAUACCAACCUCCAUGCUGAUCGGAUUCAGCUGUGGAACGACUUCAACCACGCUUGGCUCGGAUUGGGCCAACGGCAAAUUGACCUAAUGACUUCAUCCCAACAACUUUCGAGAACGCAAAGUCUGGUUUCAAAGGCCAUGAUUAAAAAGAUGGGAAACGAACUAAUAAGGCUAUGUGACGGUAUAGAGCGCCAUGGCCUGGUGGACUAUCAAUAUGGAGUAUGGGAGGAUCAAAUAACUGCUGGUGAGCAACUGCAAUCCCGCCCCAAGAGUCUGACCGGAUUCGCUAACAUGUGCAUACAGUUCUUGAAGACUGUCUGGACUUAUAUGAUGCUUCAGAAGAAGACAGCGACAGUGGCAACCGAUAACGUACGCAGUUAA